AUGGGGUCACAGCCUAGUCAACCGAGUCUUCCAGAGGUCGAUCUCGAUGGCAAGGUGGUCGUAGUGACAGGCGCAAACACAGGCAUUGGAUAUGAGACAGCAAAAACACUGGCCCAGGUGGGGUCAAAGGUCAUUCUAGCGUGCCGAUCUGAAUCUAAAGCCAAUCAGGUCGAUGACCUCCACGUUGAAUUCAUGACCCUUGACCUUGCCUCAUUAGAAAGUACAAUGACCUUCAUAGAAGCAUAUAAGAGUAAAGGUCUUCCUCUCCAUGUUCUUGUGUGCAACGCUGGUAUCUUCUGUGGUCCCAAGGCUCUGACGUCAGACGGAUACAAACCUCACUUUCAGAUCCACUAUCUCUCACAUUUCUUACUCGUCCUCCAUCUCUUGCCCGUCUUGAAGAGUUCGGGUCCAGGAUCUCGAGUGGUCUCUGUUGCGUCCGGUAUGUAUCGGCUCGCCAGCUGGAAUGUCGAUGAUAUGCAGUGUUUGGAGAACCCCGACUUGAAGAAGCGUUACGCUACCUCGAAAUGGUAUCAGGUAUAA